UCUUCCGGCCAUUCAUACGCUCAGUCGGCUAGUCUUCGGAGCCCGAAUUCCGUGCCCAGUAGGCCCCGAGGGAGGCUGCGCCGCUAGGAUGAAGCUCGUGAGGUUUUUGAUGAAACUGAGUCAUGAAACUGUAACCAUUGAGUUGAAGAAUGGAACACAAGUCCACGGGACAAUCACAGGUGUAGAUGUCAGCAUGAACACACAUCUUAAAGCUGUGAAAAUGACCCUGAAGAACAGAGAGCCUGUGCAGUUGGAAACAUUGAGUAUUCGAGGAAAUAACAUCCGCUAUUUUAUUCUACCAGACAGUUUACCUCUGGAUACAUUACUUGUGGAUGUUGAACCCAAGGUGAAAUCUAAGAAAAGGGAAGCUGUUGCAGGAAGAGGUCGAGGCCGAGGAAGAGGAAGAGGACGUGGUCGUGGCAGAGGAAGAGGGGGUCCUAGGCGAUAAUGUCUUUCAAGAUUACUCUUUCAAAGUGAUAAAGAAUUGGGGGAUAUUUUUUUGUACAGGUUUGUUUGUUUGUCGGUUUUUAAUAAACGUAAGUGUGGGGAUGGAGUUUUCUGCUGAUUAUCAAAUCUAA